GCCUCUUCCGCCCGUGCUCCCUCGGCUACCUCCCGGUCUUCCGCCCGGCCGCGCUCGCUGCUUUCAUGGGUCCCCCCGGCUCCCUCGCCGCGCGGCCCUUCCGUUCCGCCCGCCGGCUCCCUCUCUGCCUCGCCCGCCAUGCCCGGCUCCUCGUCGUCCCGGCGCGGCCCGGCGGCCUCGGCGCCGCACGUCUCGGUGUUCCCUUCCCCGCAGGAGCUGGGCUCGGCGCUGGCGCAGCUGGUGGCGCAGCGCGAGGCGCAGUGCGGGCCGGCCGGCCGCUUCUCGCUGGGCCUGGCCGGAGGCAGCCUGGUGCGCGUCCUGGCCCAGGAGCUGCCCGCCGCCGCCGCCUGCCCGGCCCGCUGGCUCCUGGCCUUCGCCGACGAGCGCCGCGUCCCGCUCAGCGACCCCGAGAGCAACUACGGCGCCUACCAGGUAGCCCUCCGGGGAGGCUCGAGGGGGAGGCUCUUUCGGGGGGCGGCGGGGUCCCGGGGGCAGCGGACCCCGCCUUGUGGGGUUCGCCGCACCGGCCCAAACAGAUCGGGCUGGCCCUCCGGGAUAUAGAAAUGAAAUAGUCAUCUUGUUUUUACUAAUUAUAUAGUACCGUAGAUGUGCUUUACAAAAUAUUAUAUAUAAGCUAAAAAGAAACCAGCCCCUGCCCCGAGGGGCUUACCAUCUAAAUUUCAACAAGGGAGGAAAAAGAGGCAAUUUAUAUGAUGCUUUCAUCACCUAGUACAAAAGUUGGAAAGAACCACCAUAGAUGGUUUUGUUGUUAUGUGACCUGUGGUUCCCUAUUUCAGACGUACCUCCUUUCUAAAAUUGCUGUACCUGAGGACCAAAUUGUUGUUAUCAACCCUUCGCUACCAGUGGAAGAGGCAGCUGCAGAUUAUGCAGCAAAACUGAAAGAGGUACAGUUGUGUGUUUUUUUCAGACAAGGUCCCAUGUUGGGACAAAAAAUCCUUGUGUGUUGAGAGUUUAUGGACUGAGCUUAUUUACCAUUCAUUGCUUAACUCAACAUCCUAAAUUUUGAGUUCCUGGCUAGAGCUCUUCCUAGUCUGCUCUGCUGCUCUGCAUUAAAUGUGCUGAGGGUCUUCUCAGUGGUGGCACCCCAGUUUUGGAAUGCUCUCCCCAAAGAGCCAUGCCUGGUGCCUAUGUUAGGAUUUUUUUGGUGCUAGGUGAAAACCUUAUUUUUCUCACUUUUCAAAUUCAAUUCUUUUUAGUUCUUAGAACUAUUUUGCUUUCUUCUUAUUGGUUUAUAAUUCUGUUUUUAUUAUGUGUGUGUGAGUUUUUUAUGCAGUUGAAUGGGUUUUUUAUCCUUUUUGUUCAUUUUGACCUGGUCCAACUUUUAUAUAUGGAUUAAUAUUUUGAUUGAAUUUGUAGUUUACUGAUUUCAGUUUUUGAACUGUGCCCAGAAGACAGUUUGUUGGGUCAUCUGGAAACGCUAAAUUAAAACAACCAAAUAAAGUCACAGACCACCUAGUGGAAUUUUUGAUGAGCCAAUAACAUUGAUUGUGAUUAAUUGGGUGGUGUGCAGAGCCUGGUGAUCAACUUGUUCGCUUCAAGUUUCUCCUUGGCCCUAUUUCAAAGCCACACCCUUUUCCUAAGAAAUCUUGGGGUGGCAGGAAAGUGACCCUUCAUGCAACACUGAGGUCAGUCAACAAGAUGCAGAAGAUGACCUCAAAAGGGAAGCUAGUGCUGCAAAACCGAAGGUUGCAAGGGCUGUGUGUGUUGGCCAAGGGAGUUAUUUGUUUCUCCCACGCUCGAAUCAAGCCUAGAGGGAUCUUCUAGUAAUAGUCAGAAAUAUGCAUCUCUCCUUGCUAAAUGAAUUGGGUCUCCCUCCCCUUGGCCCGCUUGACAGCUUGAAGACUGAAAGCAGUUUGGAAAAUUGCUGGUGGGAGGCAAGGUCUUCCCUCUAAUGCAUUUGAAGGUCGGCUGUCCCUGACUUGGACACACCAAGGAAUUGGCUGCCUGGCACUAAUGUAUUUAGGUGCCAGUCAAAUACCUUUUCCCAGGCUUAUUAUCAUCUUCUGAUGAUAUUAUCAUGGCUUCUUCUUUUUUCCUGCCAUUAGGAUUGUGAUGCUGUUCCAUUGCCUUUUUACAUUUAUUUUAAGCUCUGUAAAGCACAGUGAUAAUUGUAUAUUGAAGGGCAGUACUGAAAAUGUGCUUGAUAUAUGUGUGUUCUCCCAUUCUGUGUAGGCCUUCCAAGGCGAGGAUAUGCCUGUGUUUGACCUCUUGAUCUUGGGAGUGGGACCAGAUGGGCACACUUGCUCACUCUUUCCGGAUCAUUCUCUCUUGCAGGUGAGCCAGGGUGUGGAGCUGCAGUGAACUUUGAUCAUAUAGAAAUGGGUCGGCAAACUAAGGCCCGGGGGCCGGAUCCGGCCCACCAGGCUUGUAAAUCUGGCCUGCGGACUCUGCUGCCCGCUCAGUCAGUCUCCGCGUGCUGAUCUAAGCCAGUGCAGUGCAGCAUUUCCUUCAGAAGAAGCCAUGGACGCCUCGCUGCGCGGGGACUGACUUCCGUGAUGCUGGCAUGGCUUUGGAUUGGCUGCAGGAAGCUCCUGCAGCCAAUCUGAAGCCACGGACACCUCUGCGCAACACCCCUUCCUUCCCGCUGAGGUGGCCGCAUAUGCCCAAGAGCCAAGCGGAAGGAAGUGGCAGCGGCAGGGAGGCUGCCUCCGCCACCCAGGCCAGUGGCAUGGGCUCUGCACCCCUGGCCGAGGCAGAGGAUGACCACAACGACGCUGCCAAAGACGAAGCAGCGGUGGCUGUGACGAGCAAGAUGGACUCACAGAGCUCAUUUGGGCAGCCGUGGCAGCAGCUCCAAUGGCGAGCGCUGUGUCGACAAGUUCGGCUUCCUCGUCUCCAACAGCAGAGACGGAGCAGAGCAGGAGGCGUGGGUGUUGCGCACUGGGCGCGCUUGCUAUGGGCAGGGGCACUCUUGCCAGUUUUGUGAGAGGGUGGGUAUAGGCUCACCUCGAGCCCGGGAUUGGCUGGCCAGAAUCAGGAGGCAAGUGGUAUCGGUCCGGUCCCCCCCACUUUGUAGUAGCCUCAAGUGUGCUCUCGCCAUGCACAGGGGCACUGUUGCCAUUCCGGGGAUUGGCCUGUCUCUGUUCUUGGCAUAGGUUCCUUCAUCGCCACCAAGCCGCCCCCAAAAAUUUUUGAGGGAGCCACCCCCCCAAAAAAGUUGAUGGACGUUGCCUUUUGGUGUGCACGUGUAAAGCACAAUGCGAUCGAUUAUACAGGGUGGGGCUUACUUGCCUCUCCCAAUAUUUUAUUCAAGGUGGCACCCCAUAUUCUUGGGGAGGGGGGUAGGUGGAAGUUUCUGUCACACACACACACACUCACUCACUCAGCAGGGCACUCUUCCCAUGGUCAGGAGGCACACUCUGGGCCAAGAAUGAUGAGCUGUGGUAGGAAAACCCCAUGGAAGGGAAACUGUUUGUGGUGUGGAGGCACUCUUUCUGUGGGCAGGGGUACCCUUCCCUGUUUGGGAGCUGGCUUGUGUCACUUUUGGGGGGGGUAGGUGGUUGAGGGUGAAUAGCUGGUGACUAAGUUUCUGUAACACACAAAACACAUAUACACCCCCCCCCCCAUGGAAAGCAGACGGAGAGCGGGAUUAAAAUCGUUCUUCAUUUUAAAUAUUGUAUUGUUUUUCCUAUUUUUUGUGCACUACAAAUACAAUAUGUGCAGCGUGCAUAGGAAUUCGUUCGUUUCCCCCCCCCCCAAAAAAAUAUAGUCCGGCCCCCACAAGGCCUGAGGGACAGUGGACCGGCCCCCUGUUGAAAAAGUUUGCUGACCCCUGUCAUAGAAUCACAGAAUUGGGGGGGGGGGCAAGGGUCCUGCAAUGCAAGAAUCUCAACACGUGGUCCCUCACCCAGUUUGAAACCAAAUGUGCCUGCAGGUUUCUUGCUGCACUGCUCCUCUCUUGACUGGGGAGCCUCAGGCUCAGGACCCAAUGCAGCCCCCCAGGUCUCUCUGUCUGCCCUUGGAACUCUCUCCAGGCUGCGCCCCUCACUGGCCCUGCUUUGCCCCCUCCUUGAGAUUAUGUUUGUGUUCUUGAACAGGAUCCUGCCUCUUGCUUGCCUGGGUGUGCAUGACAGAGUGAGUAGUGCAGAAGCUAGACUCCUCUUCCAAAGCAGCAUUCACAUUUGUUGAGUCACACUCAGCCUGAAAAGGGUUCUCCACCCCUGUGUGAGCCAUGUUCCUUUCAGAGGUCAUGCCUCACAGUGUCUGAAUAAGGAGGAGGAAGUAAAAGGCGCUGCUGUCUAUCUAGCUGGCUAUUUUAAACUGCUGAGGGGAAUCGGAUUAAGGCUUACUGGUGUCUUGCUUUGUCCUGAAGGCAGGCUGCCUGACACAUUUAAAUUGGAUUUUGUUCUGGCAGUGCCAAGCGGGAAUUCACUGGGGAGCUGGAUCUUUGAGAGUGAUGCUCUCCCACACUAGGAGCUAGCUACCCACUGAGCUUCUAGGUCAGGUGUGGGGAUACUUUCUGAGCCCAAGGACUACACUCCCUUCUGAGAAACCUUACAGUGCUUGGCAGGGCCAGAAGCAAAAGGGGGCUGAGUAAUAAAUGUGCAUGCUACUUUUGUGCAGUAAGCACUUUGGGCCAAAUUUAGUUAACCAAUCUUGCUAGCAGAAGUCUGCACAAGGACUUUCCCCACUUCUCCUCUCCCACUCCCCAGUUGGUUAAGGGGGGUGGGCAGGAGAACCUCCAGAACAGCACACAAGGGGAGGAGAGGGGAGAUAGUUCCAUCAGACAAGCAGAAAGGCUUGCUCUCAUAGAGUUGAAGUCCUCUUUCUGUGUCCUCCAUCCAGGAACGCAAGACACAUGAUGAGGGUUCAAGUAGGCAUUCUAGCCAGGCAAAAGCACCCAAAGAGGGUGCAGAGCUGGGCUGGUGAGGGGUGUGACUUGACACCUUAUCCCUCGGUUCCCCAUUCCUGCUCAAGGAUGAGGAGUCUGUGUUAACCUCCAGAUGUUGUUGGAGGACUCCAGCUCCCGUCAGCUCCAGCGGUUGUGGCCAGUGGAGAUGGGAGCUGAGAGAGGUGGUCCCACAACCGCUGUAGGUUCCCCACCACCACCACUGUAGGUGGCUGCAAGGCAUGACAAACUGAUUGCCAGGGGAACAGAUCUGGCAGGUGGUUAAACUGAAUAUUCUGGACACUUUCUUGUUAUGUUAUCUCAGAUUUUGACCAGGUGUUUGCUCUCCUCCCCUUUCUCUUUGCCUUGCAUCAUCUGCUUUCAUCGGACGAUGACUAUUGACUCCACCACUUUUCCUCUUAUUCAACUACCUUUACUCAAACAAUUCCCUUAGGAUAUUUGAAGUUUUUUGAAACUUAUCUUUAGGGACUAUCAAGCAAUUUAAAUAUGAGUUAUUUAACCAUCUGCCUCCUAACUGAUCAAUAUAUUAAAUUAAAUUUAAAUACAUUUGUAUUGUACCAAAACGUCAAUAGAGGUUGCUGUUUGAGAUGUUGGAGAAACCACAAGGGGACUUUUCAGUUUAAUAAAUGGAGCUACCUGUCGGCUAUUAGAAGGGAGAGCCAUAAUAUUUUCUUUUUCAUUCUUUAUUGCAAUAACACACAAGAACCCAAAUAACUUUAGAAAUUAAACAGUGCAAACUCACAGCCUCUCAGAUUAAAAUUGCCCCCAACAUUGAAUCAGCUUAAGUUUUAAUUGCUUAAACGUCUAGUUCAAACUUGCUGUUCUAGUGUUUGUGUACUAGUGUGUGUAUCAGUGAAAAUCUUGAUCUAUUUUUUAAAAAAGAAAUCUCAUCAAAGAGAUGCAUUUGUUUUCCGACCUUUUGAAGUUUGGGAAAGUAAGAAAAUAGCAAGUUUGGAUAUGGUUUUAAAUGUACCUUGUAAAUGUUGAAGUACAUUAAAUAGUCAACUCAAAAAUAUGUUGCGGCAGUCAUUGGCAGUUGAAACAUUCCAAAAUGGAAUGAAAUGGUUUCUAAACACUUCCUGUGUUUUGCUUUUGCUUCUGUGGAAACCCCUGUUUUAAAAAAGGAAAUGAUGACAUCACUUGCCUAGCAGAGAUAGAAGCACCAGAGCUGUUAGGUUCCAGCCUUGCAUGUCCCUGAAAUAAUGUCUGACGAGGUGUCAGCAUUACACUUCCAGGGUCCGGGACCACUUGCGUCUCCCCCAUUUAGGGCAUGUUGUUAUUACUGCUUACAGCACUACUGCUUCAGGCGAGUAAAGCUGAUGUGAGUAAAGGGUGAGAAAUCUCUUCUCUCUAAUUGGGUUUUAUACUGUGCCCUAUCCCUGAGAGGCUUAGGAGUCAAACAGGAUUGCUUGUAUGUAACAGCUAAAUGCUUGAGUAACUCCUUUUCCAAUUGGAGUAUUUCAGAAGCUUCUGCAACAAGAAUGACUCAAAAAUAUGCAGAAACAUUUCACCAAAUUCAAUAAACAAACCCCUAGCUGUUUAAACCAUCUUGCUCAUCCCAGGGCACUUCCUUGCAGAUUUCUUGGGGGGGGGGGAUUAUGGAUGCACUCAUUUAGUUUAUCAAGCCUGCAAGCCACUCCCCAUCUAAGCCUGCUCUGCAGAUGUGACACACACACACACACACACACACACACACACACACAGAGUGUUGUUGCAGCACUUCCCCUCUUUUGGCUGUCCUGUCCCUUUGUUCCUGUGCCCAUUUCUGUCUGUUCAGACAGCAUGUAUUUGGAGAAGCAAGAAAAUAUCAAACGUAGCUGGAAUCGGUAUCAAUCUUUUAGGUGCCAGCCCCCCUUUCCCAAGUUGACAAAUAUUCCCAAUUCCUAGCUGCAAUUGUUGCUCCAUCUAAGUGCAUGGGCAACCAGAUUCCAGGGCAUUCUCAAGUCUGGAGUGCUCCCAGGACUUCCAUUUGCUGUUAAGUGCUUAUGGCUACAUAUAUAGUCAUGUCAAAAUUCCUCUUUUGCACUUGUGUUUAAAUCUCACUCGACCUUUCUGUGUACCCAGCCACCUUGCUUCAUUUCUGGGUGAAGAUAUGAAUUUGCAUGCAUUCUUCACAUUCUUUAAAGAUGACUGGCCGGCUGGCUCUCAAGACUGGUUGCUCUGCAUGGAUGCUAUGGAGGCUUGAAUACCAGUGUGUGCCCAGUUAAAAUAUCUAGGCUUGCUCUUCAGAACAGGUGCUUGGCUGAUGCCACAGAUUGCCAGUAAUGUGCUUGAGAAUAGCUUUGUGGAGAUCCUUUUCAAUUAUGGGCUUGGCACAAUAUGGUGUAGGCAGGGCUGUGACAGAACACCCCUAAUCUCCCCUCCCUCCCUCUUUCCUGUGGCAGGAGCGGGAGAAAAUAGUGGCUGCCAUUAGCGAUUCUCCAAAGCCACCUCCGGAGCGCAUUACGCUGACCCUCCCAGUGUUGAACGCAGCUCGCAGCGUGGUGUUUGUGGCCACUGGGGACAGCAAGGCUGCCGUGAUUAAGGUAACAUGCAUCCUGUGGCUUCUUUCUCACAGGUUUGAAGGUGCGCUGGAUUCCACCCUGGGAAAGAAGAGAAUGGAUUUGUUGUGGGGGGUGGGUCAGGAAUACCCAGAGCUAGGAAACUUAGUACUGGUAGGUUUUUACCUGGGGUGAGGUACCUGUGGUCCUGAGUCCAUUUUUGGAUCACAGCUUCUAGCAUCCCUGGACAUUGGCCAUUCCAGCUGGGGUUGAUGGGAUCUGGAGUCCCAACAACGUCUGGAGAGCUUCAGCUUCUCCUGCCCUGGUUUAUCUGUGGACGAGUUAAACAGAAGUGUUUCAGAGUUAAAUCAGAUUUUUGACUGAAUCAAACAUUAACCUCCUAAAGAUGCAACAUGUUGAGAGUUUUAGAAUUUACCUGUCUUAGAAUUCCCCAGGAAAAGAAUACACAUCAUCCUUGACAGAGCAAUUGCAUGAGGAUGGUGAGGCUGUUGGGAACACACCUCUUGGCUUUUUUCUGGGCUCCUAGAGCAGCAGCAGUGGAGCCACAUGGCAGCAGCCUCUUCUUAAAGCAGCACUGGCUUGUUUCUUCCAGCAUUAGCUGCUUUUGUCUGGGAGAGGAGAACAGCUGCAACCUCAUUAAAUGCUUGAAAGAGGUGCUCUAAGCCAGCCUGGCAUGUGGCCUGAUAGGAGUAAUCAAGUUAGUAUUGUCCACACCUGCAGCAGGGAACUGGCGGCCCUCCUGGCAUUGCUGGACUGUCUCCCACCAUCCCUGACCCUUAGCCAGGCUGCCUGGGACUGGUGGCACUUGAGAGGCCAGUAACAUCUGGAUGGGUGCAGGAUUCCCACCCUUAGCAUACAGCGGCUGCAGCAGCUCUCCAGGGGUUUGGACGAGGAGAUGCCAGGAAUGGAAGGAGGGGCUUUUCUGCAUGUAAAGCAUGUGCUUCAUUAUUGAGCCAUAGCUCUCUAUUUUAUAAUGGUGUUUUUUUAAAAAAAAGUAAAUCUCUUUAAGAUGUUUUCAUGGGAAAUGAUUCACAAAAUAAUACUUUGCCCCGCAGAUUCAUGUUCUCUCUCCCCACUCUGAUUAUUCAAAUUCAUCAACUUCUGCAGGCUGGAUUCAUUUUGUGUAAUUCUGUUUCUGUUAGUUUUGGGGCCGAGGGAGCUUAUGGAGAGAACCGGAGGUCCAGUCCUCACCACUGGGUGUCUAUCUUUCCAGAAGCAUUUAGAGUUUAAAAACACCCCUUUUGUUCAAACUGCUGCCUCUGCUACACCCUACCAACCUACCUGGUUUCCAAAGGCAUGUCUGAUUCAGUAGAUAUCAAGGCUGCUAAUCAUGCAGUUUUGGGUUUGAAUUCUGAUUCUUAUCUUUUGUUGGAGAUGUGGUGAGGGAAAUCUCUGUAACGUCUACAUUUUGAGUACUGUGCUAAUCAUUAAGUUCCAAGUGAUUAGCUUCUAACAUCCUGUUUUUUGGGACAGCGUAUUUUGGAAGGUGAUGAAGAGAACCCACUGCCAGCUGCCCUGGUCCAGCCCCACACUGGGAAGUUGUAUUGGUUUCUGGAUGAGCCAGCUGCAAAGGAGUUGACAAUUCCCUUUGAGAAGCACUCCAUCUUGUAGAAGCUUAUGUUUCAGGUUGGGGAGAGCCCAUCAAAUGCAGGUUGUGGGGUAGAGCCCAGCCUGCCAACAUUCCAGGUCACGGUCUUCACAUCUGGUCGUAGCGCUCAGGAGCGGCACUGAACUAACACUGUUCCCCCCCCUUCCUUCCUCCUCUUAAAAAAAUAAAUGAAGUGAUACAUUUGUGGAGCACUGUGUAACCAAUAUAAUUAUUUCUUUAGCCAGGACAAAGUGUGAAAUGGGGGUGGGGGGGGACGCUUGGGUCCAGCUACUAGUUGUAAACAGAGUUGCAGGGAACAGCGUUACAGUCUUUUAUCAUGUGAACGGUCUAAUGUGGUGUAAAGUGAGUGCACAAUUAAAGAUGUAAAGUACAGCCACUCCA